AGCUGCUCCUGGCAUCCACUGCCGAGCCCGCGCAGCCGCCCUCCUAGCUGGGAAAGCCCCCUGAAGACAGACCGACACCUGUCCCUGCUGCUGGGCUCCGAGAGGAGCGGCUGGUCCCGCCCGGUCCACAGGUACGGAACCGUCUCUACAGUCCCGAGGCUGCCGAGAACCCCAGCGGGGAGCAGAUGCUGAACCGAACCGGUUCGCCAGGUUAAAAGAGAAAGCUGGAGCCGGAGAGGAACUCCGGGGGCUGCAGCUCCAACAACCCAGAGGACAGUAGAGUUGAGGAUCCAGUUCCAGGAAAGACCGCUGGACAAGUUCGCCUCUAACAUUCACUCUAACUCUCCGAUGUUGAAAAGGAGCUUCUGUUACUACAGAAUGGGACUGUUCCACAAAGGCAAAGCUCAGGCUGUCAGACACAGACCAUGGUAUGGAGCAGGCCUUCUCUCUUUUCCACCUCCCACACUGCCAGAUUUGGUCCUGAAGGAAGAGUGCAGCACUUCUGUCUCCGGUUUAGAAUGGAGCUCAGACACUGCACCCCAUGAAUGCUGGCAAGGAAGCUCUGACUAUUUGAAAGAGAGCCAAGUGCCUGAAGAGCGGAGAGAGAUCCGGGACAGUUCCCAGAAGUGUUGCUCAUGCCCACCUAGAUGGAGAUCACUGUGGAGGCCAUGGGAGAGAAUGCCAACAACACACCCACCAACUUCCUGUCUGUACAGGACCCCCAUGGAGCCCAAACUGCUUCCUUCCCAUUCACCUUAAGCUAUGGUGACUAUGACAUGCCCUUGGAUGAAGAGGAGGAUGUGACCAAUUCUCGGACUUUCUUUGCUGCCAAGAUAGUCAUCGGCAUGGCCUUGGUGGGCAUCAUGCUGGUGUGUGGCAUUGGCAACUUCAUCUUUAUCACUGCCUUGGCUCGCUACAGAAAACUGCGCAACCUCACCAACCUGCUCAUUGCCAACCUGGCCAUCUCAGACUUCUUGGUGGCUAUCGUGUGCUGUCCCUUUGAGAUGGACUACUACGUGGUGCGCCAACUCUCCUGGGAGCAUGGGCAUGUUCUGUGUGCCUCUGUCAACUACCUGCGCACUGUCUCUCUCUACGUCUCCACCAACGCCCUGCUGGCCAUUGCCAUUGACAGAUACCUGGCCAUCGUGCAUCCUCUGAGGCCUCGGAUGAAAUGUCAAACAGCCGCAGGCCUGAUCUUCUUGGUGUGGGCCGUGUCCAUCCUCAUCGCCAUCCCUGCGGCCUACUUCACCACCGAGACGGUGCUGGUCGUCGUGGACAGCCAGGAGAAGAUAUUCUGUGGCCAGAUCUGGCCUGUGGACCAGCAGCUCUACUACAAGUCCUACUUCCUCUUGGUCUUCGGCCUUGAGUUCGUGGGCCCGGUGGUCGCCAUGACCCUGUGCUACGCCAGGGUGUCCCGGGAGCUCUGGUUCAAGGCUGUGCCCGGCUUCCAGACAGACCAGAUCCGCCGGAGGCUGCGCUGCCGCCGCAGGACAGUGCUGGGACUGCUGUGUGUGCUCUCGGCCUACGUGCUGUGCUGGGCGCCCUUCUACGGCUUCACUAUCGUGCGCGACUUCUUCCCCUCCGUGUUCGUGAAGGAGAAGCACUACCUCACCGCCUUCUACGUGGUGGAGUGCAUCGCCAUGAGCAACAGCAUGAUCAACACGCUGUGCUUUGUAAGCGUUAGGAACAACACCGGCAAGUACCUCAAGAGAAUCCUGCGGCGGCACUGGAGGACCUCGCCAAGUGGGAGCAAGGCCAGUGCUGACCUCGACCUUAGGACCACGGGGAUGCCUGCCACUGAGGAGGUGGACUGCAUCAGGCUGAAAUGAGUAAACAGGACACACAUGAACAGUGAACUUGGUUUUCUGCAGAGGGGAGGGGGAAGAGACAACCACUGGGGCACUGAGAAGCACUGAGGCCUGGGAUUUCUGAAAUAAAUGCUAGAGAUGCUGCUGUCAUUAGUGAUCAACAAUCAUGACUAAACACCUGAUUUUCACCAAGAGCAGACACAAGUCAAAAACUGAUUAGUUGACAGCAUUUAGUUGACAAAAUGAAAUACGGAUUACAGCAAAGAAAUGUGGUGCUGCGGUAUGGAGAGUGGAAGCAGGGCAUCCAGAAAGAAGCUAGACAAGGCACCUAGGACUCUUCUGCCUGUGCUUCAGUGUGGGUGCCUAAGCCCUUCUAGAUGCUCCCCCCACACAGGGCUGGCUCAUCUCUAACAGUACUUUUACAUUUCAGAUCACUUCUGACAUUAACAAGCCUGGAGCAAGAACACAGAAGAGGUUCCCAGCUAUGAAACCCUUCUUCUCAUCCCAGGAUCUGAUUCCCACUGGGAGGAGCCUCACAUGCCUGCAUAUGGACACCCCAGGAUCCAUGGCCAGAUUCUGACCGUCCCACACUAACCUAUGGCCAUCUCUUAAGCCUAUGUCUCUGAACAUAGAUAGUGGUGCUUCUCUGGAAGAUGGACUUGGGGGAGAAGCUGCAUGGACCCUGGAUGCCAUUUGAAUAGAGAAUUUGGUGGUUCUGAAUUCUAUAGACAAGUCUGGAGAGGAGAAGCCUGGAGAAGUCCCCUUGGCUUCAUGGUCUAUUCACUCUAGGGGAAAAGGAGGAGAGGGAGAGGGAAGGUCAGACAGGACUUUUAAAAGCAUGUGGGCAAGGUAGAGGUGCAAGUUCAAGGAUGCUGCUGUUCCACUGCUCAGUAAAUCUGGACCGAACCAGCAAGGCUUCCCUUCAAGCUCUUUUCUUCCUUCUCAUGUCUUCAUGCUUGUGGAGCAUGGAACCCUUGAAAGUAGACACAACACCUCAGUUUUUCAUUCCCACUAACUCUCAGAAAUGAGGAGUUUCUUUCCCAAUCAGACUGAUUUAUAAGGUGCCCUCUCUGGUAUAGUCGGGGGAAAGAUCCUGGCCAUAAUGUCUGAACCUUUCCCUAGUCAUGAUUCUAGGGAUAAAUAUUUGCUUCUCUUUUUAAAUGAAGGUGAGCUUGGGGAAUGUACCAGCAUAUCUCUACUCCCCAGUAUGAAUAAAAUCAGGCAGGUCAAUGAUAGAGGCUGGACACUUAUGAAGAAGAGGUUGAUCCAAGUUCCAGUGACACCACACACUUCACUAAAGACUAAUCUCACUUGCCAACUUGUCUCUUGUUUAGUGUUUGGAAUUUUGAACUAAGAUCUGAGCUUCAGCUCUGGCUGUGUCAUCUGUAUUGCUCUGGAUACGACUUUAUGAGAACAAAAGUAAUGUUUGUGAAGCCUUGUUGGAAUGGUUGUAGGAUCAACCAAAUAAUAUGUGGAAGAUGUGCUUUCAACCAUAUGAAUAGCAAACAGCCAUCACCAACAAUGGCAUAAAGGACUAAUAAAUGUGGUAUUCCUGGACAGAGAAAAACUUGUAUUUUGCUUAUGUACCUGUCAAAUUCACCAUCUUCCCCUCGCAGUGUUCUUUACGUGAAUUAUUUUCCUGUUCUUCUUGGUGUUGCAUCAUGCAUUGUGUUCCUAAGAGCAGGUCAGUACAAACAAGGCCAUGCACUUUCACAGCAGCUUCAUAAAGGAAGUGGAAAUGAUCUCCAGUCAGAGGAUGGACACAGGGUUCUGGACUCCACAGAAUCAAAGCAUCCCCACUGUCAAGUAACCAUCUUCCCACGCGUGUGCCCAGGCAGCAUGACUCUGGGCUAUGGAAUAGUGACUCCCAGUCUGCUCCCAAUCUUUUACUCUCCCGAGUAUACAGAAAUGCAGAGUGGACCUGUCUCUUUCUUCACAUUUAAUUCCAGAACAGGACAUUUAUAAGGCUGAGCGAUGUUUCCAAAUUUUGGGAGCAAAGUUUAUUUUUAUGCUCUCUUUAUUCCCUUGGAAAUACAUUUCAAAGACCUAUUUAUUUAUUUGAAUUCAUCACUCAACAGACUUAUCUUACUUCUGAAUUCUUUCAGAGAAUAAAAUUUAUUAAAUAUUAGCUUAAACCAAACACACAUAGAAAAAAAGCCCUCUUUUCUCAUUAAAUCAUACACUGAAUUCUAAAAUGAGUUAGUUUGAGGAUUUAGAAAUACUAAGAUGAUAAAAUUUGUUGGCAUUAUACUCACUGUC